AUGCCUCUUCCCCUUCCUUCUUUUACCCAUCCCUUCAACCAAACCUUCUAAUCAUCUCUCUCUCCUCUCUCUCAAAUCAUUAAAAAUGGAAAGUAACCUACCAGUGAUAGCAAAGAAAGUGUGGAACAUAAUACGUGUUGCCUUCUACAUGUUAAGGAAGGGAAUUUCAAAAGCCAAACUCAUGUUAGAACUCAACAUGGUUCUCAAACGCCGCCGCAAACUCGCCGGAAAAGCCAUCGCCAACCUCAUGAUGUUCCACCACCACCAACACCCCGACAUGCACCUCCAACAAUUCUCCACCACCAGGGAGUACGAGUUCAGCUGCAGCAACACGCCCAAUAACUUCUUCUCCAAGCUCCACCGCAAGAACAAGCUCUUCACGCGCUCCCACGCGCCUCACGAGUGCGACGACGACGUCAUGACGGUUAGUGCUGUCAAGGCGGUGUUAGAGAUCCUAAACAACAACAAUGAUAAUGUGGCCGAGGCAUCCCCGGCGCUACCGGGGUUCGCCCGGAGCCCUACCGUGAGUCAGUUAAGGGUAACGGAUUCACCGUUUCUAAUGAAUGUCGACACAGAAUACGAUAAAGAUCAUCAAGUAGACAAGGCUGCGGAAGAAUUCAUUAAGAGGUUCUACAAAGAGUUGAGGAAGCAACCCUAAUUAAUUAAUUUUCCAUGGUUAUGGAGUUUUAAUUUUCUUCAA